AUGGACGAAUUAUUGGAGAAAUUUAAUGAGAACAGAGGUGACGAUAAAGAAGCAAUUGAUAGAGUCAUAUUAAAUCAAAAAUAUGAUACCAACAAUCCCUUCUUAUUAAGUUACAAAGGUAGAGAUUAUAACUCUCAAUUCUAUCAUAUUUAUAAAUAUCGUCUGGAUACUUUCAAAGAAAGAGUUACAAAAGAAUGUGUCAAGAGAUGGGAUAAUGGGUUUAAGUUGAAAGGAAGAUCUGUUAUUAAAAAGGAGAAAGUUUUAGAUAUCCAAGGAAAUGAACCAUGUUGGUGUAUUGGUACAAUUUAUUGUGAAAUGAAAUAUAAGCCAAAUAUUUUAGAAGAAGUGACAAAUGAUACCUAUGGAGCUCCAGAUAUAGUGAAAAGUUACACUGAUUUAGAAGGAAGCGAUGAAAUCAUGUUAGAAGAUGAAAGUGGUAGGGUGUUACUAGUCGGAGAUUAUAUUAGGUCAACUCCGUUUAUUACAGGUACCGUAAUAGGUAUAUUAGGUAUGGAAGCUGAUGCAGGAACAUUCCAAGUUUUAGACAUAUGUUAUCCGGCAGCUUUACCUCAGAAACCUCUUUUAUUAGAUAAAAAUAGAAAAGAUAAGGGAUCAGUCGCCUUAGUUUCAGGUAUAAAUAUUAAUUCAAAGUCUCCAGGACAUGCAUUAAGGUUGCAAUUAUUGCAGGAAUAUUUGAUGGGGAGGUUGGAUUCGAACGAUGAGAGAGUUUCCAAGAUUGGGAAGCUGAUUAUAUGUGGAAAUUCUGUAGAUUUUAAUGCCAGAGAAGAAACGCCGGGAGAUCUGGCUAACAGUCUUGCAGAGUUUGGGAAAUUUCUAGGAAAUUCACUUCAGAGUAUUUCGAUCGAUUUAAUGCCAGGUGUUAAAGAUCCAAGUGCUAGAGCAUUGCCUCAACAACCGUUUAACAAAGCAUUGUUCAGUGAGGCAUUAAGACCAUAUUUUGACAAGGUUAAUAAUAAGCUUUUAAAUUUGGUCACAAAUCCUUAUCAAUUCAAUAUAAACGAUGUUGAUUUAUUGACAGUUUCGGGGCAAAGUGUCAACGAUAUCCAUAAAUAUGUUAUACCGAUGAAGAAUAAUUCGUUAGACGAGACUCCAAAAGAGGAUAUUGAACAUAGAUUAGACUUGAUGGAAUGUACAAUGAAGUGGCAAAACAUUGCUCCGACAGCACCAGACACUGUAUGGUGUUAUCCAUUUAAAGAAGAAGACCCUUUCGUAUUAAAAGAAUGGCCACAUGUGUAUAUAGUUGCUAAUCAACCUGAGUAUGGUACUAGGGACCUCACAUUGAAUGACGGCGUUAACGUUAAGAUUAUUUCUGUGCCUGAAUUUAGUAAGACAGGUUCGGUGAUUUUACUUGAUUUAAAUAACUUGGAAUCUGAAGUUGUAACAAUUGAACUUUAA